AUGGAAGCCACUCCACCCAAACAAAUAGCCGAGGAGUUGAAUAACUCAUUCAACAACUACAGGACCUCGGCUGAAGUGAAGAAACGCUGGUUCUUCAUAAGUUCCCGGUCUCGGCAAAAAAUCCAGCGAUUCCGUGAGGAACGGAAUAGGACAGGUGGUGGUCCUCCUCCCCCUCCACUGGAUCCCAUUGACGAACUAAUUGAGGAUAUUCUGGGACCAGACAGCAAAACAAUAAUGGGUGAGCCUCAAGUCGAUGAUCUGAUGGAUGUCCUGCGUGCUGACAUAAAGGACGUGAGACCUGCUGCAGGAGGAACAACAACAGAUCCAUGCACCAACUGUAAUAUAUGUUGA